GUUUAAUUGGAUAAGCAGGAUCGCUUCAUCUGCUAAACCACUGAUUGGUCAAAUCCUUAAAAGGAGACCACACACACUCAGUCCUUGGAUUGCUGGAAGCCAAUCGAUCAAUGGGCAAGAUUCCGUUCAGUUACAUUGGAUGAGACGGAUUUGCAAUAUCUGAAACGCAGAUUAGGAAAGCGACACCGUUGAAAAUGGAUUCCAUUUUGUCACUGGGGUCCCCUUUCAAGCAAUUCACUAGCACAAGCACACCUGGAAAGAGCAACUCUCCUCCAAAUGUGGCCAAGGGCCGCAGAAGCAGUUUCACGCGCCGAAGGAGCAUCAGCAGGCGGAGAAGUCUGCCUUGUGGAGGCCAGAAAAUACCAGAUUCGCACUGGCUAAGAGCUUACCAGGCUGAACUCAAGAGAGAGAGGAAACGACAGCAGGCCGUGCUAGCCAAGAAGAACGCCGAGCGCUUUGUCAGGAAAACUCACUUCAGGAGCCAUCACUGCCUGCCACGGCAAACCACCACCACCAGAAAGCCAGCAGCAAAAAAGGAAGAUUCCCUCUUUGGAGCAUUCCAGGGUCUCAGUUUGGACGGUGUGAUUGGAGGCGUCAAUGGAUCCGCUGUAGCUGCAGCUUCGGGAGACCAGUGCAAAGUCAUGUGAACCCUUUUGCUGACAUUGAAGAGCCAAAAAAAGAACUGAGAAAUCCAUGUUAUUUGGCUUAAGGUCAUUUAUUUAAACAGUAAUGCCAAAAUAACCGCAGCAAGAGGACAUUAAAUGCAGCAUGGUUGAGUAGCUGCCAAUAUGGACAGGUAGUAACAUGGACGCCACAAAAAGGGAGAUUGGCAUCUUAAAACCAACUUUUAUUUUAUGUAUAUGUAGAAAAAAAAAAGUCACAAACCAUUUGCUUGUUUUGUAAGAUAUGGAAGAUGCACUAUUUACUUACGUGAGGCAGCAUGAUCCAAGAAAUUGUGAAUGAAAAAACAUCAAAAUGAAACUGUCGGGGAUACAAUACAAGGAAGGGUACACAGUAUGGUUUGAAGUGAAUCAAGUCCCAUUUUUUUUUUUUUUUACAUUAUUCCCUCUGUUCCAUCUUUACUUUAGGGGGCUUGAGGAAGGACCUGUUUUUCUUCUCCUUGCUCUUGCCUUUAGCCUGGAACGUCCUCCAACUGUCCACACGGCCAUCUCUUGUUUCCUGUAGAGUGUUUUGAAAUAAUUACCAUCUUGAAGAAAGGGGGACAUUGUACUAUUUAAAAAGUAAAAUGACCUCAAAGUU